AUGGAGACGGACACUUGUCUGUCCUUCUCUCCUCAGAGCAGCAGGCGAACUCCGGACCUGUCUCCGCGUAUGGAGCCGGGCGGCUCCGGAACUCCUUUCCUGCAGUGCGAGGAUCUGCAGAAGCCGCACCAUCACCUCUCCGCUCUCCCUCCGCGCCUCCUGCGGACGGACCUGUACUCGUCCUCCUCGGCCGCGAGCAGCAGGUUCGGUGAAGACUUCGGUCACGGAAUCGCGAACCCGCCGUCUCCGUCCAAACACAGCAAGUUUUUGGAGACUAUGAACCACGACAUGAAAAGCUCCGCAGUCAGCAAGUCCGCCUUUUACGAAAGCAGCUCUGAGGUCAGAGAGAAGGGAGGCUCCAAAAUCAUGAGCUAUGCUGGCAUGGGCCCAGACUGCUGCGGAAAGCUGAAGGAUCCGGGCCUGGGUCUGCAGGGGGACUCUAUCGCCGACUCCAUCGACCUCUCAGGCAAGAACAAAAAGCGUCGGAAUCGGACCACCUUCAGCACCUUCCAGCUGGAGGAGCUGGAAAAAGUCUUCCAGAAAACCCACUAUCCAGAUGUGUACGCACGAGAACAGCUGGCUCUCAGAACCGAGCUCACCGAGGCCCGGGUCCAGGUUUGGUUUCAGAACCGAAGAGCAAAGUGGAGGAAAAGAGAACGGUACGGAAAAAUCCAGGAAGUUCGGAACCACUUUGCAGCAACUUAUGAUAUCUCUCUACUACCACGCCAUGAUGCCUAUCAGAUGCAGGGAAAUCUGUGGCCGGGAGCAGCUUCUGGAGGCAGCGGCGGUUCCGGACCUGGCUGCGUUCUUGGAGCGGACUCCAUCCCCUCCUCCUGCAUGAGCACGUACCCCCACCCUCAUGGAAACCUGCAGGGUUUCAUGGGCAUGUCCACAUCCCCAAGUCACCCACACCACCACCACCACCAUCACCACCACCACCCGUCUCACCACCCUGGCAUCAAUGGCCUCUAUUCACUCCACGGCUUCCCAGGUGGGCUCGGGUCCCCCUCCAUCGAGGGUCCUGAGGCUGACUACAAGCCAACCAGCCUGGUGGCGCUGCGAAUGAAAGCCAAAGAGCCUGGAAGCAUCCUCUCCUGGCCCACAUGA